AUUAUUUAUACAGUCAACGAUAUUCGUUGCCGUUCGAGUAGCGUAACUGUUGGAUUCAAAUUCAUGUUGACGGAAACACGUGUCUUUAGUAACCUUUCUUUUGCGUUUGUCUGUUUUCCUUUCGGUUUUUUUACGAUAUUACUUUUCGUUUGAUAUUUAAUUUGAAGGAUCGCGAUGUCGCGUUCCACGAAGAGUUCUGAUGAAGACUUUGAGCCGAAAGCGGCUACUCAUAUGCAGACUCGAAAACUUACUGUACAAUCAAAACUUACUGUACAAUCUGUGGUGAACUCUCCAUUGCGUCGCAGUAGUAGAAUAAAGCAGAAUAAAUAUUCACCAGGUUCACCUGACAGUGAUAACAGUAAUAUCAGUAUUAAUCAACCAACCCGGAGCACUAGAUCACGAACAGCGACUAUGGAUUCUAAUACCUCAGAGACAAUGAAGCUACGUGUUAGAAAGCAUUCCAUUUCUUCAGAUAUCAGUGAGAUGAUAGAUGUUGAUGUUGUACAAACACCUACAAAACGAACUACACGGAAAACGACUACUAUAACUUCUGUCAGCACACCUACCAGAGUUAACACUCGAGCUAGCAAGCGCCAUACACGUGCUGGUUCUGAGAUACAAUCACCAUUGCCAACAACUAGAACACGUAGAACAAGAGCUAGCUCUGUUGAUCCGGAAUCUUUGUCUGAUCAAAGUAAAAGUUUACCUAAUACACCAAUUAAAACACGCAGACGAGCAUCUGUAGUGCCAUCAAGUUCUCCAGUCAAAGAGCAAACCGAAUUGGAAGAUCAUAUUCCUCAUGUGCGAGUGAUAGAUUCUACGAUAGUCGAGACUGAAGAAAUUACAAAUUCAGAAUAUUCAAAUACUUCGCAAGAUAAAGCACCACAUUUUGAACAAAACCAGCACUUUAACAAAAAACGUUUAAGUAUGGAUGAGGAUGAAGUGAAAGAUGAUUGUGAUCAUGAGUUUUCAAUUGAUUUGGCAAAAUCAGAUGAAACACUCAAAUUAUUAAAGAAGAAUGAUGAAAUACAAGUUGAAGAUAUGGAUGAAGCAGUGAAUAUAGAGAAUACUCUUGCUGAGGAACAAAGUAGAUCUGAAAAAACUGUACAGUCUGACAAUGAUAUAAUUGAUGUAAUCACGUAUGAUAAUUCUCAAAGUUCUUCUAUAAGUUUCUGUAAAAAAGGAGACAAAGAAAUUGUGAAAGAGAAUCUAUCAGAUACAGAAAAAUCGUUAACUAACGUAUGUAAAUCUGAAGAAACAUCUGAAGAAACAAGUGUUACAACCGACCAUUCGUUGAAUGUUUCUAUUGAAGAGAUAAAGAAUAAUAUUUCUAUCGAAGAGAUAAGAAGCAACAAAGAAAAUCAAACAGUAAAUAUUAUUGCCAAUGUGCCAGCAGAAAAAAAUAUGCAGUCUAAUGUGACAUCUACAACCAAAUCUCUUGCUUCGCCUCUUAUGAAUAAAUCGUUAAAUGAAAAAGAAACUAAACUUACGAAAAGAGAAUUGAAUUUAGAUAAACGACGUCAUUCAAGAGAAUCAAUGGGACACACCGAUCUAUUAAAAAAACCUACUGAGAGUUCUCAGGAAAUGAUGGAUAUUUCUGUAGAAUCUUUAAGUUCAACUGAUUCAAAUGAAAUAAUUUUGUCAAAACAUGAUAGUAUAGAGAUAAUCAAAAAAGAUAAUAAUAAUGAUAAAUUAUCCAUCGAAAAUAUAAAUACAUCUAUUCACAAAGAGGAUACAACGAAAAUGAUCAAUGAAUCAGAUAAAAUCGAUAAAAUAGAAUGUAUUAUUACAGACAACAAAACUAAGAACAUUGAGUCGAAUGAAGUGGAUAAAACAUCACGUUUAUCUAUAAGUCGAAAUAUAAAUAAAGCGAUAAGUGAUAGCAAAGAAAGUUUGACUUCUAUUGUUACUACAGAUGAUAAAGAAGAACAAAGUCCGCGUCAAGACGAAAAUGAAGUUUCAUCGAAUGUAUGCCUUGAGCUUGAUAGCUCCAUAGAUUCACAAAUUCCAUCACCAAUCAAGGAAAGUUCCAACAAUAAGUCCAUUGCAAUGGAUAAACAAUCAGUUGGAAUUCAGAAUGAAGCAAUCAACUGUGAUUCUCCUGAUUCCACAAAACAGAAACAGGAAAGUUUAUCUGAACAUGUAACAAAAUCAGCAUCCAAUUCCAACAAUGUCCUGGAAAGAAGUAAUUCUACAGGCGACUCGAACGAAAAUGAUACAAUAAUUCAAGUUGAGCGACUUUCUGACGUAGAAGUUUCUGAAAAAUCCGCAAUAGAUAUAUCAAUUGAAAAAACGGAUGCAGUAGACACUUCGUUCAAAAAAGCUAUAAAACAUGGUUUAAAACGAAAGAGCGUAGAUAUAUUAAAUAAUUUGGAAACAGAAAAGGAAAGUUCGCCAUUGAAAGCAAAUCAAAAAGAUCAAGAAGAUUUGGAAAUUGUUGAUGAUGUUUCUGAUAUUAAUGUCGCUAUCAGUUUAUUCCAAAAUAUUCCUGCUGACAAAUGGGAGGAGGAAAAUGAUAUUAAGACCGAUUCUGUACAACCUACUUCCCAAACAGUGAAAGAGGAGAAAAAUGAGAACGAACUUGAAAACGAAGAUCUUAUUUUGGUGAACAAACAGGCAUGGUUAACAGCUGAAAGCAUAAAAGCCGCAAAAGAAGCAGAACCUUUCGAAUAUGAUUCUGAUGAUACCGUAUUAUUGAAAAGUAAACUAGACGUGAUACGAAUGAAUUAUGCUGAAAAACUAGACAUUAUAGAUGAAGAAUCAAUGGAUGUCGAUAGCGAGGGAAAAAAACAAAUUAAAAGGCAAAAAUCAAGAACUAAAAAGAGACUCGUAACUGAAAUAGAUGAAGAUUUUUCUGAGAAUGAAGAUAAUUUAGUCACUGUCGAUAAAUCUUUAAAUGAAUCCAAAACUGCAUUAAAUCAAUCCACUUCCGAGUUAAAUAGAUCUGAACAGUCAGUAAGAAUAAGAGACCAGUCUAUCAAAGUAAACGAUGAAUCAAAUAAAGAAAUUGGAGCUGAUAUAAGCAGAUCAAAUAGAAACUCUCUAAGAAAUAAGAAAAAUAUAUCUUUGCGAAAAUCAAUAGAAGAAAGAAAAUCAUUGAAUACAUCUUCGAAAGAUACAUCUAUGCAAAAUACUUUUGAAUGUCAAUCUCGAAUACAGGAUUCAGAGAAAAAACUUGAUUUAGAUGCACAUAAAGCGAAAAAAUUACAAAAGAAGAAACAUUCUUUAGAUAAGUCGUGUAACAAAGAUGCAGAUAAUGAUAUAACGGAAUCUGAAGAAAACAAUCUAUCUAUCAAAAAUAAUACUAAAAAAGUUAAAGAUACAUCCUUAGAUCGUUCCGUGGAUCAAAAAUCAAAGUCAGCAAAUAUCGAGCCGUCGAAUAAUGAUGAAAGCGAUGAUAACGAUAUAAACAUACCAGCUAUGGAUCUUGGACCAAAAACUUUAUCUACAAUAGCGAAUGCAGGAUCGGAUACAGAAAAUAGUAUUCAAAAUGAAUAUUAUUUAAGUAUUCCACGUUUUUUAUUUAAAAAAACAAAUGAAAGUAACGAUAGCGAUGAUGAUAGCCUUGACAUCGCUGGCAAUACUGACAUCACUGGCAAUACUGACAUCACUGACAACACUGACAACACUGACAACACUGACAACACUGACAACACUGACAAUACUGAUGAUACUGAUGAUGAGUAUUCUGAUAUUAACAAAGAAUAUAAUCUAGAUGGAGCGAAACAAAAGUUCGACGAUGAUGACGUACCUGCUGAUGAGUGCAGAGCUUCGGAAGUAGAAUUUUCAGAUUCUGAUGACAAUGGAUCAGAUCUUGCAGACUUUAUAGUUGAUGAUGAUGAAAUAGAAGAUGAAGUACAAGAAGAAAAAGAUGAUGCAAAAGAUAUACAAGAAAUUUAUUCUUUAUUUCUAGAAGACACAGAAGAAGAUGACGAAAGUGAAAAGGAUCAAAGUAUGAAAGAGGAUGAUGAAGCUGCACAAGAAGAAGUAGAAAAUAAAGAACAUAUUGAUGAAGCAAAUAUGGAAAGUGAAAAUGAAGAAAAUGAAGAUGUGCAGGAAAAAGAUAAUGUAAUGAACGAAAAAGAGGAUAUGGAUGAAAAUAUCUUAUUUUAUGAAAAUGAAACAAAAGCGAAACAAGACAUUGAAGUAAAGAAAACUGGAAAGACUGUCUUUUUGAGUAAUUCGCCAAUUAAAAAGAAAAAGAAGUCUGAUACAAAGAAGGAUGGAAGUCUUUUGUUAGAUACAUCUAACUUAAUAUCUUCAGGAAUUGAAAAGAAAAACAAAUGGAAUGAACAGUUACAUGAAGUUGAAUUUAAAAACGUACGCAAAUUAAUAAACUGUAGUACUCCAAAUCUUAAUAUCAGAAAAAAAUGUGAGAUUGAUGAAGCAUUUAAAACAUACGGGAGAAAUUCAGAAGACAUUAAGUCAGAUACAAGUAUACAAGCAAUACUUAAUACUUCGCUUCAAAAGAAGAAAUCAAAGAAAAACUAUUCAUUAAAUAAAGAUAUCAGUUUGAACGAACUUAAUGAUACAGAUAAAGAAAAAAUGUUAAAUAAUAAGAUUUCACCUGAUUUAAUGAAAUUGCUAAAAAACGCAAAUACAUCAAAACUAUCUUCCAAAAUAAAAUCAUGUAGAAUGCAUACACUGAAUAUUACUGAUCCUGAAACACCUACGAUAAAACAUCUCAGAAAAGAAAAAUUAAACGAAAGUGAGCCGACAUUGAAAUUGAAUACAGAUGUAAGUUUAUUAAAGAAAAAAUCUAAAAUGAUGCAAGAUACUGCGCAAACAAAAAUGAAGAAUAAAAUAACUGAUGUGAUAACACUAUCUGACAAUGACGUACAAGAACUUAGUCAAAAAAUACCGAAAAGCAAUGAAAAAGAAAUGUUAAGUGAAAAUAUUACCGAUAAAAUCAUAUCUCAAGGCGAGGUAGAAUUAGAAAUUUCUAAAAAGAAGAAACCAAGUGCCAAGUUUAGUCAGUUAACUGUUGCAAAGGAUAAUAUCGAUAAAAACGCAUGUCAAAUCAAUGAGAAGAUGAAGAAAAAGAAGAAACGAGAAAUUUCAGAAGAAAAUAUUGAUAAAAUCUUAUCUGAAUCUUCAACAAAAUUAAAGAAGAAGAAGAAGUAUGACAAAUUAACUCAAUUGGAUAUUAUAGAGAAUAACAUCGGCAAAAAUGCGUGUCAAAAUGAGAAAACAAAGAAAAAGAAGAAACGAAAAAUAGAAGAAAAUACCGAUAAAAUUUUAUUUGAAGAUUUAACAAAAUUAAAGAUUUCUGAGAAGAAGAAACGUAACAAAUUUGCUCAAUUAGAUGUUGUAGAGAAUAACGCCGGCGAAAACGUGUAUCAGAUUAAUGAGAAAAUGAAGAAAAAGAAGAAACGAAAAACAGAAGAAAAUAUCGACAAAAUCUUAUCUGAAGAUUCAACAAAAUUAAAGAUUAAGAAAAAACGUGAUAAAUUUGCUCAAUUGGAUGUUGUAGAAGAUAAUACUGACAAAAACGCGUGUCAGAUCAAUGAGAAAGCAAAGAAAAAGAAAAACGAGAAACAUCAGAAGAGAAUACCGAUAAAGUCUUAUCUGAAGAUUCAACAAAAUUAGAUUCCUAAGAAGAAACCUAACAAACUUGUUCAAUUGAAUGUCCUAAAUAAUAAUACCGACGAAAAUGCGUGUCAGCUCGAUGAAAAAGCGAAGAAAAAGAAGAAACGAGAAAUAUCAGAAGAAAAUAAUUUUGAUAACAUUUUAUUGAAAAAGGCAUUAAGAUUAAACUUACUUAAAAAGAAGGAGCGUUUAAAGCUUAAUCAGUUAAAUUCUGAAGAAGAUAGCACCCGUGAAAAUGUAUAUCAGAUCAGUGAAAAAAUGAAGAAAAGAAAGAAACGAGAAGCAUCAGAGGAAAAUAUUUUCGAUAAAGUUUCACUGGAAGAGACAGUAGAAUUAGAAAUUCCUAAAAAAAGAAAACGUAUCAAGUUUAAUCAAUUAACUGUUGAAAUGAAUAAUGCUCCCGAAGAUGCAUGUCAGAUUAAAAAAGAGAAGAAGAAACAAAUUAAUGUAACUGAACAAGAUAAAGAUAUAAGCGAAGAUAAUGUAUUUGAAACAAAUAUUCACAGAAAUAAAACGAAGCUAGCACAGCACAAGAAAAAAAAUAAAAUGUUAAGUAAUUUAGAGUUAAAUCCAACCGUAGAAGAAUAUAUGAUGAAAAAAGAAUCUGAUCGGCAAAAGAGAGCAAAAAAUAUCGAAACUUUGCAAACAGAAAAGUCGCUGAAGAAGAAAAGAAAGAAAGAAACAGAAAGCUUGCCAGUACAGAUUGAAAUUUCAAAAUUAAUGUCUAAGAAAAACUUGCCUAAUACACUACGAGUACAAGAUAUUGCAUCGGGUACGACUGAAUCAAAAAAUGAAGUCUUUGUUAAAGCGCGAGACCAAGCACUAGAAGCUAUCCGAGCUGCAGAAACGUGUGUUAAAACUUCUAAAGUUAAAAAAGAAAAAAAUAAUCAAGUCAAAGAUAUCGAAGAUGCUAUUCACGUGGAUGUCCCUAUCAAGAAGAAAAAAAGAGUAAAAGAAACAAGUAAACCAUCAAGUGGCUUAAAACGUCUUUCAAACGAUGUAAUUGAGAAUCUUGUAGAUACGCAUAAGAGCAAAGAAAAACAAAGAAUUUCGCGAAGCAAAGAGCGAAUCAUACCGUCUGUGUCAACGAAUAAAUUGAAAAUAAAGACCGAGCAUGAUGACUCAUUUACCACGAGUUCCUCUGGUAUUACAAAAUUCAAUGUGACCAACUUGCAGAAGAUUAAGAAACAAUUGCCAAAAAGCUCAAAUAGCUCAAUAACUACUUUUAAGGAGUUCAUGUUUGCUAUGAAUAACCGAGAACCAAUUUCCGCUUGCAUAUGGAAUAGGAAAUUGUAUGAAUGUAAUGAUAAAUAACGGAUUUUUGUAAUGCAUGUUAAAUGUUAUUUUAAUUUUACAUUUUGAACGUAUAUAUUUUAAUAUUUUUGAUAUUCUUGCAAAAUAUGAUGAAACACGUGAAAUGAAAUUUUGUUUUUUGAUUUUGUCGCUGUUUGACACAUUUCAUAGAAAAUGUCUAAUAGUUUUCGAUUGCAUUGAUUGCAUUGGGUUUUGAUCACUCUAAGACCGAUUACUGAUAUCGUAGUGCGAUUCUUCCACUAUCAAAACCCACUGCAAUCGAAAACACUAUAAAAAUAUUAUUUUAUAUCAUCCUGUACAUCAAGAUUAUCAAUUCAACAAACAUCAACAGAAGAUCAAUUGUAGUUGUUUCAGUUGUUUUUCAUAUCAUUUCACGAUAUUUAAUGUAUUUUGUAUGUGAUAGAUUGUUCCCAUUUAUUGAAACUUAUGAAAUAAGGAAUCCAAGAUGUUCGUGUAAAAAUAAGCAUUUAAAUAUAAAACAAAAUAAAUAAAAAAUAUAAAAUGUUA